AAAAACGCAAAAACAAGCGAAUUCACUGCGCUUAUCGGGACUUAAAGAACAAAGGCUUGUGAAAACGAUAUUAAAUUUAAAUAUCUUUAUGUUGGUAAUGCCAUUGUGCGAAUUUGUAAUUUAUCGUGUAUAUCAAAUGCAAGUUACUUCCCCGGUAUGUGGAAAUGUAUUAAGAAAAAACAGUUUCGAGCGAAGUUAACAUUAACUCAUUCAUUGUAAUACAUUGUUAUUGUUUAAUUCAAAUUGACUGCAGAUGUGCUAUUAGUUUUAAAGAUUGUUAUUUGAUGAGAUUGAAUAACAACAGUGUAUGUAGAAUUGUAAAGAUAAGCGGGGUGGGAUAGAGCUGUAGUAAAAACAAACGGGAACGCCUACUGUAAAGUAGCGACAAGAAAAUCUUAAAAUCGAACAUCUUUAUAUCAGAGUCCAAAACUAUUUGAAGAAAAAUUAACUUGGAAGUACUCAACAAAAUGUCUGCCACAAUAAAUGACACGCCCACACCACAAGAGGUGACGUCAGCUGCAACAUCGCUGUUGUUACCAACUGGUAUAUGUGGGAGUGAUGAAUUAAGGUCGGAGAUAAAGCAUGAACCACCCGAAGAUAUUGAUGACCGCCCAGAGGCUAUUUCGAAUACCGUAAAUGUUUGCAUAACAAAUAACAAUGACAGUACGAGUAGUCCCAAAAUACGUCUUACACCAACAAUUAAGUUAAUGCCUAUACCAAAUCCAGUCGAUCCCAAACGAAGAUUUGCCUGUCCGUACGAUAAUUGCACGAAAAGCUAUGGAAAAAGUUCUCACCUACGUUCACAUUUGACCUGGCAUACUGGAAUCAAACCUUUUGUUUGUUCACAACAAAACUGUGGUAAAGGGUUUACUAGAUCUGAUGAGCUUAAUCGGCAUGUGAGAACGCAUACUGGUGAAAAACCGUUCGAAUGCAUACAGUGCACAAAGAAAUUUUCUCGUAGUGAUCAUCUCACAAAACAUCUUGCUACCCAUGCUAAACAAAUGCAUAGUUGUUCUAAUGGCUCUAAAAGAACACGUGUACAAGAAGAGGGAAACCGUCCCAAAAAGGGACGUUAUUUGAACGAAUCUCCUGACUCCAAAAAUAGUUUUGAUGAUUCAGAGUUUCCUAGCGAAGCGGAAGAAUACGGCAACGGAAUGCAUUUUAUGGCAGCUCUUCUUGGAAAUUGUAAUCAGACUAAAGAUCUAACUUCUGAAGCAAAAGUUAAUCCAGUGACUGAAAAGCUUACGUCUGAUACCAUGUUGGACCACAAACCUAUAAAAAUAAAAUUAGAACGACCAGAAAAAAGCGAAGAAUACCACAUAGUGCCACCCGAAAUAUCGGAACAAAAGACAAAACGAGAAGCUCUUGAUUUGGUGUCAGAAGAUCAAACGUAUUCAGAAAAGCAGGAUUCUGAUAACAUGAAAAAAGGAAUAACAUUGCUAUCUGGACAAGGGGCAUUUAUGGGAUGGCCCCAACUGGGAAAAGAAUGUUCAAAUGGUUUAUCUGAUCCCCACCGUCCAUGUCGGUGUAACCUCUGUAAAAAGUCAUUCAAACGACAGGAUGAUCUCAACCGUCACCUCCGCACUCACACUGGAGAGAAGCCGUUUACAUGCACAGAAUGUGAGCGUCGGUUUAUGCGCAGUGAUCAUUUAAAAAAACACAUUAAAACUCAUACUAAAUUUCGGUAGUUAAAUUAGGCAAAUGACAAAAGCAUGGACUAGGUAAAUCAACAGAAAUGUGUACAACCGAAAAUAAGUUGUACAGUGGAAAAUAUUUGGAGCAUUAUAUGAUCGACGGUUACAAUUUUAAGUAUUAUUAUUUGGCAGUAAUUGGAAACAAUUUCAUUUAGAGAAAUGUAAAAUGUCUCUUGCCAUACACAUAUUUGUAUACACAUCAUUAUAAAAGAAACAAAAAAACAAUUCUUAAUAUUUUUAAAAGUAUACAAAUUAUUAGAAAGUAAAAAUGAAAAUAAUAUGAGCAUAUAUACAUAUAUCACUAAAAUGAUGCUUCAGACUCCUAACCGCACACAUACAAAGGGAUAUGUUUUGUACAUCUUCGUAAAUACAUACCUACAUAUUUAUUUCUGAUAUUGUUAUAAAGUAUGAGUACUGUCUCAUGGAUAAAAGGUGAAAUUUUGUUUUGUCAGUAUAAAUAUAAUAUACAAUGUAAACUAAACCGUAAAAAGUUAUUUCUGGAUCUCGGAUAUUCACAUUGUUUAAAACAUUAAUCCACAAAAUACAGAACAAUAGGUUUAUUGAUAGAAAAUAUGGGUAUUAUUUAAAAUGUGUAUUGGUUUUAACUUUUUUAGAUAAUUUACUAUGUUAUUAAAUAUGUAUGUAUAUUUAUGUCCCUAAUAUGGUUUACUAUCAAACUACAUAGCAGUUGAAGUUCUGAAAUUCGAUAUUAUCGAUUAAAGUUUUAUCGAAAGUCAGUUUUCUUAAGAAAACAACAACAAAAAGGCAACAAUGAAAUUGCUGUUUGAUAUGUCGCUGUUGUCUUCAAAAUGUUCAAGACUGGCUUCAAAGCGGCAUUUGUGAGCCGUCGCUACGUCGUGUCGUGUCGGCCUCUUUGUGUUCAGCACAUAAGACUCAUUUGCACCAAACCAAAAAAAAAAAAAUCAUAGUAUUUCCACACUUAUAUGUGCCGUCAAUUUAUGACUCAAAUGAGUGUAUACCCAGCAAGUCAUGAGUACUUAAACUCCAACACAUUCAAAGAAAUUUUAAUAACACCACUACAUACACACAUAUGCAACAAAGGGCAAAAUGUGCAUAAACAUUUACCUCAACUCUUCUCUCAUACAGCACCCUGAAUGAUAGAAAGAAACAACCAAAGUUCUCGUGUUUGAACAAGUUUUGUUUUGAGUCAUGGCUGCUUGUGAAGUAUUAUUUUGAGUGUUUUAUUUAAAUCAGUGAUCUGCAGCCUAAUUAAUGUUUAAAUUGAAGCAUGCAUUUUUAAAUAAGUAAAACGUAAAAUAAAAGUAUUCUAAAUCCAAAAUAUGGAAUUGAAGAUGGUGAUACAGUAAUACUUCAUUGCACUGUCAAUUCGAAGCACGCAA